GUGUAUCCUUGUUGGAUAUAUAGCGCAAGGACAUUUUUCUUAUCCGAUGAAUCGCCUUUUUUUAAUCGCAUUUUCAAAACAUAGGUAUUCUCUAAUGGAACCAACAAAGAAUGAGCCUUGUCCUUCCAAGACUCCGAGCACCUUCUCUGCUCCAGAGGUUCUUGAUCUAUGUCUAAACACACCACUGCAAAACCCAGAAGAAAACAAGCAGGGAGUUGUCAAAGUAGAUGAAGGAGAAAGAGAAGCAAAGCCAGAUUACCGGUUAGAUCUGAAUCUAUCAGGUGAGGAUUCCAAUCUUGGGUUUGAAACAGAGCUCAAUCUCAUAAAUUGCUUGGACGUGGGUUCAUCUCAGAUUCCAUCAGAAAGCCCCCAAGACUAUUAUGCGGAGCCACGAGUCUUUUCAUGCAACUAUUGCAGAAGAAAAUUCUAUAGUUCACAGGCACUUGGAGGGCACCAAAAUGCCCACAAAAGAGAGAGGACUCUAGCAAAAAGAGGACAAAAGAUAGCGGCACACAUAAUGGCAUCCGCUGCAGCUUUUGGGCACUCCCACCACCACCACUAUGCAAGCAUGGCUUCUCUUCCUCUUCACGGUGCUCAUAACAGAUCACUUGGAAUUCAGGCACAUUCAGUGAUCCAAAAGCCUUCUCACAAAUCAUCUUCCAGUAAUGGGUCGUUCUAUGCAUCUUACGGCUGGUCAAGACCCCUCAUUAACCAACAACCAGCAGUUGGGAAGCUAGUAGCUGAGAGUUUUCACACAGCAGCAGGAUCACAGUCGCGUGGAAGUGUCGGUAGAUUUGAAUUGGUAAGAACGAUGAAUGGUUCCCCGGCCGAUGAUGAACUCAGUGGAUUUUGGUUUCCAGGCAGUGGGCUUUACAGCACUAAUCAAGAGGAAGUGAAGAAGCUGGACUUGUCUCUCAAGCUUUAGAUUAUAGUAACUCUUAUUAUCUUUAUUAUUCUUCUUCAUCUUCCCUACUGGUAUUUCUAGUCUAAAGUCUAUUCAAUUUUUCACUUGAAGCAAUAUAGUGUAGAUUUCGUAUCAAAACGUAAGAUAUUUAUCUUUUUUCUGGUUCUUUA